AGAAGAAUGGCUCUCACAAAUGGAUCUUGGGUAACUGAAUUCAUUUUGGUGGGGUUAACAGGCCAACCUGACCUACAAAUACCCUUGUUCUUACUCUUCCUAGUGAUGUAUAUGAUAACUACAUUGGGGAAUUUGGCUUUGAUAAUUUUAAUUGUGCUGAAUUCUCACCUUCACAAUCCUAUGUACUUUUUCCUCUUUAACUUGUCCUGCAUAGAUCUCUUCUACUCUUCUGUGAUUACACCCAAAAUGCUGAUGAACUUCAUGCUAAAAAAGAAUAUUAUCUCUUACAUAGGGUGUAUGACCCAACUCUAUUUCUUUUGUUUUUUUGUUAUUACUGAAUGUUAUGUACUGACAGUAAUGGCCUAUGAUCGCUAUGUAGCUAUCUGCAAUCCACUGUUGUAUAAUAUUGCCUUGUCCCCUAAGGUUUGUUCCUGCCUCAUGCUUAGUUCAUACUUGAUGGGAUUUUUGGAUGCCAUGAUCCAUACUGGAUGUGUCCUAAGACUGACCUUCUGUGAUGGGAACAUUGUCAACCACUAUUUCUGUGAUGUCCUCCCUUUACUUCAGCUCUCCUGCACCAGUACUUAUGUUAAUGAGAUAGAGAUUUUCAUUGUAGGGGGCAAAGACAUCAUUGUACCAACUUUCAUUGUCUUCACCUCUUAUGGUUUCAUCCUCUCCAGCAUCCUCAAAAUAAGGUCCACUGAGGGCAGGUCCAAAGCUUUCAGUACCUGCAGCUCCCACAUCAUUGCUGUGUCUCUGUUCUUUGGUUCAUGUGCAUUUAUGUAUCUCAAACCCUCCUCAGCUGGCUCUAUGGAUGAGGGAAAAGUCUCUUCUGUCUUUUAUAACAUUGUGGUUCCUAUGCUGAACCCUUUGAUCUACAGCUUGAGGAACAAGGAUGUUAAACUUGCCUUGAAAAGAACUCUGAAGAGAUGGAAGAUUUCAUGA